UUCAAAUUCAAAGUUUGUAUUGGAGGGAAUGUGUCGUCUGUGUAAUGUGUUUCUUUAAUUAUUUGUGUUAAUUGUAAUUAAUUUAUUAACAUUAAGAUCUAAAUUAUUGAAUCCCAUCAUCUGUUUAACCUCACCCUUUUAUACUUUAAAUUAGUGUUGUCCCUUCAUAUUUUUCUUCUCUUUGUCCUUUUGUGUUAACCUAAACAUGGGUAUACAAGGUUUGUUGCCCUUUCUGAACUCUGCUAGCAUGUCUGUCAACAUUGAAGAAUUAACUAAUUGUGUUGCUCUCGUUGAUAUUUACUGCUGGCUUCACAAGGCUGUGUAUGGCUGUAGUGAUGAUAUAUUUAAUAAAAAAGACACUUCAUAUUAUGUUGAUUAUUGUUUAAAUAAAGUUGAAUCCCUUAAAAAAAUUGGAAUUAAAUGUAUCCUAGUUUUUGAUGGAUUGAAUCUUCCAUCAAAGAAAGUUACAGAAGAUGCUCGUCGAAGAAAUCGUGAGAAGACCAAAGAAAAGGUUAAGCAGCUUAUCUUGGAGGGCAAUAAGAAAGAAGCUAGCGAAAUGAUGAAAAGAUGCAUAGACAUUACUCCUGAGAUGGCUAAAAAACUAAUCAAUGCCUGUCGACAGCGUGGAAUCGAUUAUAUUGUUGCUCCUUAUGAAGCCGAUGCUCAAAUUGGGUAUUUGAUGAGAAAAAAGGUUGGACAUUUUGUGAUAACUGAAGAUUCAGAUCUUCUUCUUUUUGAAUGUGAUUAUGUUUUGGUUAAGUUUGAUAAAUUUGGUAAAGGAGUUCUCAUACGUCGAAGUAAAAUAUCAGAUUGUCUUGGUCCUAAAGCCCGAAAUUUUAAAUUUGAAAAGUUUCGACGAAUGUGUAUAUUAUCAGGAUGUGAUUAUCUCCCGAGUUUGCCUGGUAUAGGAUUACAGAAAGCAAAAAAAUUUUUCGGUGUAACAAUGAAUGAGGACAUGCGAAAAGCACUGCCAAAGCUACCAUCAUACCUAAAGAUGAAGGGCCUAAAGGUUGACAAGGAAUAUAUCGAAGGCUUUCUACGGGCAGAAAAUACUUUCAAAUAUCAAACGGUAUUCUGUCCUUUUGAACGUAAAUUGGUGCCAUUGAACCCUUAUGACGAUAAUGUCAAUCCACAAGAUCUUGAUUAUGCAGGGAAAAGAUUCGAUGACAAUUUGGCUCUUCAAUGGGCUUUGGGGAAUGUGGAUGUAAAAACAAUGAAAGUCGUCGAUAGUUACGUUCCUGCUAAUUUUAAAUACUCUAAUAAUGAAAAAGAUGAUUCCAUUUGGUCUAUAAAAUUCCAGCCCAGAGAAUUUAAUCCACUCGAAUUACGAUUUACAAGAAAAUCCAAUGUUUCGGAGUUAAACUCAACUCAACUUUCCCAAGAAGAUUCAUUCAUUUCUCAAUCUCCUUCACUUUCUCAAAAACGAGCUUCAACCGAACCAACUCCUAGUGCAAAAAGAAUGAACAUCGAUACCAGCUUAAUAGAUAGUUAUCGUCAACUCAAGCAAGAAGAAGCAGAUGACAUUAGUAUUGUGAAAAGUCGUCAUUUUUCAAUGCAAGAAGAUGAAGAUGAUUUAGCCAACAAGACAUUUGAUGAGAUUGUCGAAGAAAGGGACAAAAGACGCAAAAAACUUUCUUUCUUGUGUUCUUUCAAUGCCAGUUAUUUUGAGGAUGUAACUGUUGAAGAUAGUAAAGUAGUCACUACACCUACUGUACCUACUCCACCCGACUCUCAACCAUCUAUCAGUUCAAGUCAGUCAUCUGUCAAUUCUUCAUCUGAAUGUUCAACACUAUCAACAUUAUCUUCACUAUCAUCUCAAUCAUCUCAGUCAUCUUCACAAUCAUCCAGCCAACCAUUGACUAGCUCUAUUGAGCUAGCUGAACCAAUAAUAAAGGUCACUCCACCACAAGAGAAGAAACCAGAAACUAAAUCCAUUCAAAACUCAAUUUCUUUGUUGGAGAGGUUUGCUUUUAAAAAAAGACCUUUAUCUAAAACUUAAGUGUAAACUAAUUUGUAAUAUUUCUUUAAGAAAUUAGCUAAAAGUGUCCAUCACUGUCCAUAAAAAAUCAAUUUUUAUCCAAAAAUUAUUGACAAGCGUCGCGUGAAUUACACGAUGACGCACUUUUGUAACUUUGCAAAAAUGUGAUAAACGAUUUUCUUACUCAAAUUAAAUCACGCUUCAAAUCA